AUGCCUGGCGAUCCAUUAAUCGGGCUGGUAGGGAAACCCUCGUCCGGAAAGUCAACUACUCUGAAUAGCUUGACUGAUGCUUCUUCUAAAGUUGGAAAUUUCCCAUUCACAACUAUUGACCCUCAGCGCGCCAUCGGUUACCUUCAAGUAGACUGCGCCUGCAAACGCUAUAAUCUCUCGGAUAUAUGCAAACCAAAUUACGGUGGUUGCCAUGAGGGUCGCCGAUCUGUCCCGAUUGAACUGCUCGAUGUUGCCGGACUUGUUCCAGGAGCCCAUGAAGGCAAAGGCCUCGGGAAUAAAUUUUUGGAUGACUUGCGCCAUGCAGAUGCGUUGAUACAUGUGGUAGAUGUUAGUGGGACAACGGAUGCAGAAGGGAAGGCAACCAGAGGGUACGACCCAUCACAAGAUAUUGUGUGGUUGAAAUCAGAGAUAGUCAACUGGAUUCUCGGGAAUCUGAUGGAAAAAUGGGGCUCCAUUAAGCGACGGCAUACUGCAACAAAGGCAACGGCUGCCGAAACGCUUCAAAACCAGUUCUCCGGUUACGGAAGCACGUCGAAGCUUGUCAUGCGAUUUCUUGAUCAGUUAGACAUAAAAGAGCCCCUUCAAGAGUGGUCGGACGAAACGGUAGAGCGUGUUGUCGUCGCUUUUAUAGACAAAAAAUUCCCUACUGUUCUCGCACUAAAUAAAAUCGAUCAUCCAGAUGCCGACAAGAAUAUAAAUAAAAUUGCCAAAAUGUAUGAUCCACAGUCAAUCGUGCUGUGCUCUGCCAUAUCAGAAGUCUUCCUCCGAAAGCUAGUCAAGCAAGGCUAUAUCAAAUAUAUUGAAGGGAGUGAUUGCAUAGAUACAAGAGAGGAUCUUAUAGAGUUGGGCGAUCCCGAUGGCGGUGGACUCAAAGAAAUGGGCGAUAAAUUAAAGAAUCGAGUGGACAAUCUCAAGGAUUUAGUCCUCUAUCGGUUCGGCUCUACAGGCGUCGUCCAAGCUCUCUCGCGGGCUGCAGAGUUGCUUGGCUUGGUACCCGUUUUCCCAGUCCGCAACAUUCAUACAUUUGCAUCCGGAACUGGUGUACGGAAUGGGGUUUUCAAGGAUUGCGUGCUUGUCAACAAGAAUAGCACUGUUGGCGAUGUAGCCCGGAAAGUAAUGGGCGAUAUACCAAUAGCUUAUAUCGAAGGGGCAGGAGGUACAAGAGUUUCAGAAGAUGAAAUAGUUUCUGUUGGAAAUUACGAUAUUUUAUCUUUUAAACCUGGCCGAUGA